AUGGAUUUUUCAUCAUCAUUAACGAAACAUAUCAAUGAGAAACGAAAAAAUACGAAAGACAAGAAACUAAAGAAGAGUAAGAAACCUAAAAUUGAUAAUUGCAAGAGUGUUGAAGAAGAGAUCAAACCUCAAGAAAAUGAGGUCAAAGAAUCAAUAAUUGAUGUUACAAUCGCAGAUUCAAAUAACAAAAGCAAAGAUGAUCAGGAAAUGACUGAAGAAAUAUUGGAUUCAAAAUUGGCUCAAUUUAAUGAAUUAGAUGACAAUUUAACAAAAGAUGACAAGGUCAAAAAGCUAACAUAUCUUUUACAACAAAAGGUCAAAAAUACAAAAUAUAAAUCAUGGCUAGAUAAGGAAUCUAUAAUAUAUAAAGAUCCAAAGCUACAGACUAUAACACUUGAAAUGAUACAAGAAGGAUUGAAUAAUAAUAUACAUGUCAUAUUACGUGUUUAUAUAAAACAAUUACUUCAAUUAUGGCAAGAUACGUUUCCUGAUGAUCCACUAUUAACGCAAACUAAACUGGGUAUUAUAAAACUACUAUAUAAAUUAAGAAGUAAUAAAGUGCCUCAAGAGAUGCUAGUUUCUUUAUCUACUAUUUUCCAUUAUAUACAAUUGAAAAACUUCAAUAAGGCAAAUGAAAGUUAUAUGAAAUUGAGUAUUGGUAAUGUCUGUUGGCCAAUUGGUAUGAUUAAUGUUGGUAUACAUGCAAGAAAUAACCUUAAUAAGGUUCCAAGUAAUAUAAUGAUUAAUGAAUCAACUCGUACAUGGAUUUUAAGUGUGAAAAGAUUAAUUAAUUUUGCUGAGCGAGUCUAA